AUGCAAGUCUUUCUUUUACUGUCGUAUUUACUAAUAAAUGUAGAUAUUUAUAAUGCUUCAGAUUAUUGUUCCUCUGAAUAUGAUUGUUUACAAAACAAAAAUAGAUACAGUCGAGAAAUAAAUGAAUGGACAACAAAAAUAAAUGAAUACAUAAAAUUAGCAACAGAAACCUAUAAAUCUUGUGAAAAAUCAAAUUGUAGUUGCCAUAAAGCUGUUAUUGACCAGGAUCUGUUACCUUUUAAAGAUGGAAUUGUGAAAGAACAAUUGGACAUUGCUAAAUUAAAGGGAACAAAAUAUCAGAUUAUCGAGGGAAAAGUAUAUAGACAAAAGGAGUGCCACUUUCCAUCCAGAUGCUCUGGUGUAGAACAUUAUUUAACUGCAUUGGCACCUAAAUUGCCAAACAUGGAACUUGUCAUAAAUACUAGAGACUGGCCACAGAUUAACCGUGCUUGGGGUCAUAAGAAAGCUCCAGUAUUUUCUUUCAGUAAGACUAAAGAUUAUUAUGAUAUAAUGUAUCCUGCCUGGAGUUUUUGGGAAGGUGGACCAGCAAUAUCAUUAUAUCCAACAGGAAUAGGUCGUUGGGAUCAACAUAGGCUGUCAAUAUCUUCAGCUGCUGAUAAGUGGCCGUGGGAUAAAAAGGAAACGCGAGCCUUUUUUAGAGGAUCAAGAACUAGUGAAGAGAGAGAUGCCUUGAUAUUGUUAUCUCGUUCUAGACCCGAUCUUGUGGAUGCACAGUAUACAAAAAAUCAAGCUUGGAAGUCAGAUGCGGAUACACUUUAUGCACCUCCUGCUGCUGAAGUAUCAUUUGAAGAUCAUUGCAAAUAUAAAUAUCUGUUUAACUAUCGAGGGGUUGCUGCCAGUUUCCGCUUCAAGCACUUAUUUCUGUGCAAAUCUCUAGUAUUUCAUGUUGGAGAUGACUGGUUAGAAUUCUUCUAUCCAUCAUUAAAACCAUGGGUACAUUAUGUUCCUAUAAGCCCAAAAGCUAACCAAAAUGAUAUUAUUAAAUAUAUAGAAUAUUUUAAAGAAAAUGACUCCUUAGCUAAAGAAAUCGCAGAUCGAGGCUUUCAACACAUUUGGGAUAAUUUGGCUGUGAAAGAUGUCAAAUGUUAUUGGAGAAAAUUAUUAAAAAGAUAUGCAAAACUUCUCAAGUAUGAAGUGAAGAAAGAUAUAGAUCUGAUGGAACUAUGA